AAAUUCACACCAGCUGCCCAACCAAUCAGAUGCAAAAUCAAAACCAAUCCCUGUUUGGCAUAGUCUCUUACUCUACCGUUGUUUGGGUCUUUUUUGAGUUGUCACGCAACAUUCUUCCCAUAUAAUGGCUGCGUAAGAGACUAAGAGUUGCCUGCGCGCCGGACUUAGUCUCCGCAUACGCAGGCUAGUCAUGGUCACCUGUGUUUUCCCGCGCAGAAGAUAAACGUGGUCCGCCUCCUUCCCUCCUCCUUCAUAUCUUUCAGUUCUCUCCCUCAAAAAUAUUAAAGAAAAACAACAAAAACACCUGACCGCAGGUUAGGAAAAACUCAGCCGGAAGGAGAGCACUUACAAUUCGGGGACGCUACUACAUCCCAGCCAUCUAGGAUAACUUGCUGUGGGAGAAAAUCCUGAGAAAUAGAAAUUCUCUUGAAAAUGGAUCAAUGAUGUAAUCAUCCCGCAAAUUUGGACGUUCUAGAAACAGAGAAAGUGGUCCUUGCACAAACUUCUUUCUUUAAGCAAACAUCAACGCAACGCGUGUGAUAACAAGCUCGAGCAAGCAAGCAAGCUUUGCGUAAGACUAAACGAACUAGGAAUCAAAAUAGAAUUUAAAAACAAUUAUUUAACACCACCAUCAAUGGAACAGCUUAGUAUGUAGGUGGCUUGUACUCUAGAUCAUGAAAUAAAAGAAGAAGCACACAAAGCCGUGCGAUCUCUUUUAUUUUCUUGUUAUCCUAGCCUUUGUGGCAGACGCUCGAGUGACGAUUGGGAGCAAAUAUGAAGGGGCUCACGAGAGCGAGGACAUGCGCGCAGGGGGCAGACACGCGUGUCGCACCGUUCCAACUCGCACCCUUUCUCGCCCUGUUUCGUGGGGUAUUAUUAUGCCGAACCGGUUCAGCUAUAUGAAAUUACAAGAUUUGUGUCCAGUUUCACCAUGAAAAAGUCAGCACAUCUAUUCUUUAGUCCAUCUUAGCCAGCCCCUGAUCUUAGCUCAUGAACUGAGCGGUGGAGAAUGAACAUGGCCCUGGGUUCCAGACACGUGCAAACCGACCGGCUUUCACGUGAUAGGGAGACACAACUUCCGCUGACCAAAGAAACAAUUCAAAAUGGCGGUCGCUUUUUCUUGUUCUUUUCCGUAAACACAGAAAAUACCAGCUACGUGUUGCUUAACCGUUUGCUUGAUUACACGUACGACGGUAUAAAUAGUCAGCAAAACAGUUUGAAAAUGCCAGAACAAGUUAGACACAUCGAAUGGGAGGAAAUGGAUAAAAGCAAGUUUUAUUUCUUCGGUCCGACAUUGUUCCUGGGAAUUCGGGCGUUAUUGUAUCCAGCGAACCUGGUAAAAACUCGUCUUCAAGUACAGCGGAAGAACGCACUUUAUAAAGGAUCAUUCGAUGCUUUUGUUAAAGUGAUACGCUUUGAAGGUUUACGAGGGCUUUACAAAGGAUUUCUCGUGAGCAGCUUCGGUCUUCUGUCCGGACAAUGUUACAUCACAACAUUAGAACUGAUUCGUACAAGAACGAAAGACUACAACAAUGCUGUAAGAGGAUUCCUGGCUGGUGGUUGUGCUUCGUUAGUAGGACAAACUAUUACAGUUCCAGUAGAUGUUGUGUCUCAGAAAAUGAUGGUUCAGGGCCAGGGAGAAAACACCGCGAAAUUAAAAGGAGCCUCGACUAUCAUAAGAGAAAUUGUAAAAUCUAAUGGACCCCUUGGGCUCUACAGAGGGUACUUGAUCUCUCUUAUGACUUAUGCACCUAGUAGUGCUAUUUGGUGGUCCUCGUAUGGUAUGUACACAGGACUGGUGGGGAAUAUAGUGCUAUCAGGAACACCUCAUAUGCUUGUCUUAGCCAUAGCUGGUUCUAUGGCUGGCCUCACGACUGCAACCACAACAAAUCCAUUGGAUAUAAUGAGAACUCGUUUGCAGGUCGGUGGAGGAAAAUCAACAUUCGUCCUACAGAUGUUUCGGACACUUUUGAAGGAGGAAGGACCCAAGGGGUUAACAAAAGGAUUGUCAGCCAGAAUACUUUCCAUGGUACCCUCAAGUAUUGUAAUGGUACUGGGUUACGAGACAGUCAAAAGACUUAGUUUAAAAACAUCAGCAGUGGAGCUGCGUGUACAAGAAGAAGGUUACCUUGAGGCGUCAUUUUGAAGCCUGUCAUUGUUUGUAAGACUGAUUGAAGUUAUAAAUUUUGUAUUAACUUUUGUUUUUGCAUGCGUGUGAAAUAUGGCAUUAAGAUUUAAGAAAUAGGAAAUGCUUAACAUUCUUUUGGAAUAAAUUAGUUGUAGUUAGUCCAAAUUAUACAAAGAAAAGAAGUGACUUUAGGGGAAUUCAGCUUUUUUUUUUCCACCUAAGCAGCAGGUGAGGUUUUUAAAGGCUUUAAAUGUAAGUAUGUUCAAUGUAUUUUUAAGUUACAUGGUGGCCAUAGUUUUUUCUAUUUCAUUGCAAAACUGCAAAGCUGUAGUUUUCCAAGAUAUUCAUUCUAAUAUUACAAGUGUAACAUUGAAAGAUUUUAUCGUACAUUUAUAUCAAAAUCAUGUACAACAAAAAAUUAAACAUUAUUGAUAAAUUAUUUAGGGAAUGUGAAGAGUUUAAAUGAAAGAAAUUAAACUUUUGUUGUACCUUUUUUUUCCAGUUGAUAUUGCUACCAAAAAUCACCUGGAAGUCGUUAAUAUAUAUUUAUAAAGCUUGUCUAACUUUUUAACAGUUAAAAGUUGGUGGUUUUGAUUUUUGUUUUAUACAUACAGCUGUACAUGUAUUAUUUAUCAUUGAUAAGGAUCAGCUAUACUAAGGCAACCAUUUUUCCAGGAACAAAUCAUACAACAUUUUAAUUUUAAUUUCGACUUUCCUCUUGGUUGAUAUCUGUACAUCCUUUGGUGAGUUUGGUAUCUCAUGAAAGACAUAAGUUGAUGAAGUGGUUGGAAGAAACCUGUACAAGAGUUUCUUAUUGUUAUGAUGACUAAUGCCAUUGGAAGAGUAUCACAUUGCUGGUAUGUCCUUCAUCCUGAAAAAUGCUGGCCAGUAAACUUGUGAAUUAAGAAAACAGUUUGGCCACAUAAGUAUAUGUACACAUGGGUACAUGGGCUGAUCAUCCUGUACAGCAACCUGCUCAUACCAGAUGUCUUGAGGUUACCCUUGGGAGAAAAGGGGAAAGGGUCAUAAUAAUUAUUUAGUAGAUUUCAUCAUUAUCGCUGAAGUUAGCUUGUUCUUGCAAAUAAGCUGUGCCCUUGAUUUGCCACAAGACAAUUUGUGUUACAAUGGGUGCUAGGCCUCAUGUGUUUGUUAUUCACCAAAAUGUUAAAUGUUUUUGCUCCAGUUUUCCUAUAGUUAUGUCUAAUUGAUAACAGGACAUGUUGAGAUCUUUCUUGUUAUUGACUGUACAAACCAGACAGCAGCUUCACCAGCUUCUGAUAUUGUUGAUUGUUUUAUAUGAUCGUUCGCUUACCCUGGAAGAGGGGGGUAAGUAUUCUACAAAGCUUUCUAUGGGGAGGCUCUGCCCUGAGGUCAAACUCCUUACCCUUUUGUACACCUUUUUGACAGAAAAGGUGCCCCUUUCUUUUAUCUUUGAUAGAAAAAGGUACCCUUUUCACAUACCUACUUAAGGACACUGCAUCCCUUUUCUAAACCGUUGGAAUGAAGUUAAUGAACAAUAUUAUGGACGAACAUGAAGUAUUACUAGAAGAGAUGUUAACCAAAGAACAAGUAUCAUUUGUUUACAUUGUACCUAAAUGACAGAUUUUACUACCCUUUCACAGACCUCAACUUUUAAAAUCCCUACCCUUUCAUAUACCGGAAGCCUGAAAAAUGCACCCCUCUUGGGCAGAGCCACCAUAUAUUAGGCAUUAUAGGGAAUACUCCUCCCCCUGGGUCACAUACCAGUCUUGCUGUGAUUAAAUACUAAAUGUACAGGCUUUUAUAUAAACUCCUAUAUAAUAUUGUAGGUGUAAAGUUGGGGCAUUUUUAGGACAUCAUUGAUAGUUAAUUUAUUAUUAGAUUGAAUAAUCAUAAUUUUUCAGUUUAUAACAAACAUGUGUUGUGUAAGUAAAAGUGCUGUGGUUUAUUUUUGUCAUUUUGUGGUAUUCAUGGAUUACAAGAGCAUGUACUAUGCUGCAUUCUAAUAAAAUGUGUGAAAAGAAGAGUGACAUCUAGGUGUUUUUCGGGUGUUUUUUAAGGUUUAUUAGACUGCAAGCAGUGACAUCAUUAGUUAACAAUUAUUUGCUGCAGUAUAGGUGGCUAGUAGUGGAUAUUUGCCAAGCCAUGAGGCAGUGGGUAAAAUACUGAUCCACAACUAACCACCGACAUUGGUUAACACUGCCAAACUGAAUUUUCUUUGCGUUAGUUGGACAACUGCUUUUAUAAACUGUUAAAAUUUCUUGUUCUGUUACAGUAGGAAACCAAGAAACCAUAUUAGUUACAACUCUCUAGCUAGGAGGUCUGGAUAGCACACACUAUCCCCAGACCAAGUAACCAAUCAGAAUGCAUGAAAAACAAUAUUCACCAGUUGGUAUAUUACCAUUUAUUGUUUAGUACUUAGCAGUUGGUAAUUGCAAUAGACUCCAGAUUAAAUGGUCCAGGAUUGAGCCAAGGCCUGUGUCACUGUUAGCUUUCUUGAGGAAGACAGUGUUCCAUCACAUUGCCUCUUUCAAGCCAGGUGUGUAAAUCGUAUUGGCUAUUUGGGGUAAAGUUGCCAUGGAUUAGCAUCCCAUCCAGGGGAAAGCACAGUACAAAACGUUGACCCCCUCCCCUCCUAGACCCCCAUCUAGACCCCUCCAUCCUCGAGAUGUAACAGUAGAACAAUACACGUAAACGUCUCUAUACCUUUGCAGCAACAUCAAAAGACAACAACAAAUCUGUACUGAAUAUUUUUUGAUUUGCCAUUGUGACUCUUGAACUUUCCAUAUAUGGCAUAGGAAGUAUUUCAUCUAGAGUGAGAUCAAGAAGACGAUAUAUACCUAGCAUGUGUGCAGCUCAGCCCAUGUGAUUUUGUGCUGCCGACAUUUUGUAGAAUCUUUGCUACAAAAAUGCUAACUAAAUCCCUCUCCGGGCUGUCAUGGGCACUACUUUUUUGCAGGGAAAGUAGCAAUAAUCUUACGACUGUUAGCCACUACAUGCGACAGAAACCGGAGUGAAACACACUGAAAAAUAUGAGACUGAUGGUUAGACUUACAAGGCUUUACUUCUUUUUUUGUUAGUACAAAAGUCUACAAUGCAUGCAAAAAGGAACAAACCGACAUUACUAAUGCUCAAGCAUUUUUUCCAUGUCCAAAUGUGCAAGCAUACUGGCAACAUUAUUGACAUGGCAAUGUUUAGCCAGAGAAACAUCUGUCUUCUAAGUCUAUCACCUCUUUACUUCUUUGAUUUAAGUAACAUGAUGCAUUUUACUAUAUUCGUGUGCAUCAAUGAUCACUGCCAAGGGACAUUAAUCGUACACGAUGCAAGGAUGACCUCACAUACAUGUCUCGUAGUAGAGUAAGAGAAAUUCGGCACUCAAAUCACAAAAACCUUCUCAAUCUUCGACCAAACUUUAUCAAUAUUCACCCUACUUCAGACUUAACUGAAAAUUUGGGUUAUCCUGUUUUAGAAAAGCGUGUGAUUACAGGGCCUUUCGGCGCUAUUUGCAACCUAGUUGUUGACGCGAGUUUGAUUCUGUUUCAUCAACUCCAGUGACGUCUUCUUUGUCUGAUGAGUAUUACAUGUGAAAUGUCCCAGCAUAACAUGUCCGCCCUAAGUAUAUCUAAAGUCAGACAAGAAAGAGUAAUAAAAGAACAUACUCAAACGAGAGUACCGUUCUAGAGUGCUCCCCCCUCCCCCCGAUUUGAACGAGUCUGAGGUUUUUUUCUUGAUUCCUCAGAUCAAAAGAAAAGAAAGAUAAAGAGAAGAAGCCUUCUUUGACACUUCGAAUACCCUUGAACGUAACACAAACCAAUAAUUAAUGCGUAACACCGUUUGCAUUCACAGGCUUUCAUCAAAGACUGCCACUUUCUUUACAAAGUUUGUC